AUGGAGCUGGACCUGCUCAAGUGCGGCGCCGCCGGCGCCGCCGCGGGCCUCGUCUGCGACACGCUCCUCUACCCGCUGGACCUCGCGCGCGCCAACCUCAACGCGCCGCGGCCGACGACCGCGCCGCCGCUACCGGCGCACCCGCUGCGGGCGCUCGCCGCGAUCUUCCGCGAGCUGCCCGCGCGGCGGCUCUUCCGCGGCUACGCCUGCGUGCCGUACUUCGCGCCGACGGCCUACGCGUUGUACUUCGGCGCCUACGAGUACUGGUCGCGCACCGCGGAGUCGGAGCUGCUCGCGGGCUUCUCCGCGGAGGCGACGGCGAACCCGAUCUACAUCCCCUACGACAUCAUGAAGCAGCGGUUCAUGGUCGGCCGCGAGGCCGAGGGCGCGUCGGUGCCCGCGGCCGUGCGCGGCGUGCUGGAGCGGGACGGUCUCCGCGGCAUGUACCGCGGCUUUCUGCUGACGUUCGCGACCUACGGCCCUUUUUCCGCCAUCUACUUCCACGCCUACGCGGCGUUCACAAAGUGGGGCGGCGACGCGCCGCUGGCCUGGGGCUCGCUCUCGGGCGCCGUCGCGGGCACGGCGACGCAGCCCGUCGACUGGCUCAAGACGCGCGUCCAGGUCGCGAGCGAGACGCGGCUGUCGCUCCCGAAGGUCGUCGCGGACGCGGUCCGACACGAGGGCGCGGGGACCAUGUUCCGCGGCAGCGCGGCGCGCGCCUUCUGGCUCGGCGCGUCCUGCGGCAUCACCAUGCACGUCUACGAGGCGGGCAAGCGGGCGCUGGGCGCGUUCUCGUAA